AUGGUGACCCGCGCGCCGGGCGCGGGGGCCCGAUCUCUUGGUAUCGAAAAAGAUCAGCUCCCACUUUGUUCCGGUGGCCGCGAUGCCGAGCAAGCGGGCUCACAGUAUGAACUCAAGGACAACCCGGGGGUGCACCCCGCCACAUUUGCCGCCCACACGGCGCCGGCCUACUACCCUUACGGCCAGUUCCAGUACGGGGACCCCGGGCGGCCCAAGAACGCCACGCGCGAGAGCACGAGCACGCUCAAGGCCUGGCUCAACGAGCACCGCAAGAACCCCUACCCCACCAAGGGCGAGAAGAUCAUGCUGGCCAUCAUCACCAAGAUGACCCUCACGCAGGUCUCCACCUGGUUCGCCAACGCGCGCCGGCGCCUCAAGAAGGAGAACAAGGUGACGUGGGGCGCGCGCAGCAAGGACCAGGAGGAUGGCGCCCUCUUCGGCAGUGACACGGAGGGCGACCCCGAGAAGGCCGAGGACGACGAGGAGAUCGACCUGGAGAGCAUCGACAUCGACAAGAUCGACGAGCACGACGGCGACCAGAGCAACGAGGACGACGAGGACAAGGCCGAGGCGCCGCGCGCGCCCGCAGCGCCCGCCCCGCUCGCCCGGGACCAGGGCUCGCCGCUGGCCGCCGACGCGUUCAAGCCGCAAGACUCGCCGCUGGGCCUGGCCAAGGAGGCCCCGGAGCCCGGCGGCACGCGCCUGCUGAGUCCCGGCGCGGCCGGCGGCCUGCAGAGCGCGCCGCACAGCAAGCCCAAGAUCUGGUCGCUGGCCGAGACGGCCACGAGCCCCGACGGCGCCCCCAAGGCCUCGCCGCCGCCGCCCGCGGGCCAUCCGGGCGCGCCGCUGCAGCACCCCGCCUUCCUGCCCAGCCACGGACUGUACACCUGCCACAUCGGCAAGUUCUCCAACUGGACCAACGGCGCCUUCCUGGCGCAGGGCUCUCUGCUCAACAUGCGCUCCUUCCUGGGCGUCGGCGCGCCCCACGCCACGCCCCACGGGCCGCACCUGCCCGCGCCGCCGCCGCCGCCGGUCGCCGUUGCCGCGGGGGUGCUCCACGGCGACAAGGCUUCAGCCCGCAACAGCCCCGCGCUCCCAGAGAGAGACCUCGUCACCAGGCCAGACUCACCGCCACAGCAGUUAAAGUCGCCCUUCCAGCCGGUUCGCGACAACUCGCUGGCCCCGCAGGACGGAACGCCGCGGAUCCUCGCAGCCCUCCCGUCCGCCUGAUUCAGGGUCUUCUUUUACUUUUGCGGGGGGAGGGGGGUGGAGUUCGGGAGGGAGGGGAUGAGGGAGGAAUUAAGACAAAUAUUUCAGACUGGUGUAAAGGACAAACAUGGCCACGACGUCAACGACUCCCAUCCAUCGCUUUCUGCAGAAAGGGGUUCCUCCGGCCGAGCUGGCGCCCGGGCAGCCAGCCCCCGCCCGCGGCUUGGCUUCGGUCGCUGCCACCGUGCUCCGGUUGAUGAUCAGUUCGGUAAAUGCCCCUGUGUGCUUGUUCUUUUUUUUUUUUUUCUGUAUAUAGAGUGAUUUCAGAUUGUAAAUAGCGCGUCAGCGAACUUGUCUAAAUCAUAUAUUUUUGUCUAAUAAACUAAAAGAAAUGAUG